AUGCAGGUUGAGGCAGAAUGGUUCUUGGACGGUAAUGUGCUGGAGAUCAAUAAGGAGUUCCAGCCUAUCUUGGGCGAAGGAGGCCGCGUCCUGGAGAUCCGCUCCCCAGACAUCGUGGCCAGUGUGAAGAAGGCGGCUCAGGCUGUGGGCUACACCGAGGGCGCUCUGCUAGCUCUGGCUAUCAUCAUCAUCCUCUGCUGCAUCCCUGCCAUCCUCAUCGUCAUGGUCUCCUACAAACAGCGUCAAGCCGAAUGCGCCAAGACCGCGCGCAUCCAGCAGGCACUUCCUUCCGGAGGCAAAGCAGCUCCAGCCUCCACCGCCGCGGCCCCCAGCGCCAAUGUCUACGCAGAGCUGGGAGGGGGCAGCAUGGUUAAAAAGUCUGUCCGUGUGGAGGCCAAUCACCAAGGGAACAUUGGUACCUUUCCGGAUUGCGCCACAGCAGCAGCCCGCGGCAACGGAACACUGCGCGUCGGCAUUCCCAAAUCAGAGAGCAACGUGACGUACCUGUCGGAUUACCACCCUUUGACACGCCACAAUCCGGUGUACGCCGACUACAGCCCUCUCAGCAGUCCUGACUACCACACAGCCAAGGAAAUGCCAUUCUCCAUCUCUCCCACGCACCCGGUCUGGACCAUGCCCGCCAGAAUCCGAGGCGGACCGCUCGGAUAUGAGUCCCCAAGGAGAGAAGCGCUCAUGAACCAGUCGGAAUGGGAAAGACACAUUCUUCAGGCAACUGAUAAGAGAUCCAGGGAGGGGAGACCGACGUUGGAUGUGCUUCGUCUGAACAGCUCGGAAACGAAGCUGUCAGUCCGCGAUCAAGCCCGGCAGUUUGAAGAAAUGGGCCUCCAACGGAGCUGCCAAAGCACCUUGUCUUCUGAACUGGACACGUUGGAGCCGCCUUCAGAAACUUUGCUCUCCAUCCUGGACUUCCCCUACGGUCAAGCGUCAACGGCCCGAGAUGAACCCCCUGGUUGGAUUAUCAUGCAAAGAGACGGUCCUUGGCCCUCGCAUGAUUUGAUACAGUCACCGCCUGUUCUGCGGAAGUUCAGCAACAGCAUCGCCGGCUUCCUCACGGAGCGGCCUUGUCAGAUCACCGUGGAGAUGAUCCCAGACCCCCCUGAGAAACCCGCACCUCCUCCACCUACUGUGUCCCAGCGACCGCCUUCGCCCAUCACCUCUCCGCCCUCCAGCCCACCUCAAUCCCCACCCACACCCUCUUACGUCACCCCCCCUCAGACCUCCUCACCACCUCCAGUCACCAAACAUCCAAUUCCCCCACCACCGCCGCCUCUCCCUCCCCCGCUGCCCCCACUUCGUCCUGGGAUCCAAUUUGUUCCAAACUUCCUGCCGUCUGCAUCAACACUGAGGCCGGUAUCGGAGCGCAAGCUACCCUCUGCCGCUCUGCUGGCUUCCGACUCUGGACCGGGCAAGAAAAAGGAGCUGAAAGGCAUCUUGAAAAACCUGCAGAAUCUUGCAGACAUCGAGAGGUCUGUUGCCAACCUUUGCAGUCAAGUAGACAAGACUAACAAGGUGCCCAGGUUUAACAAGAAACCACAAGUGUUGGAGGGUUCCCAGAGCUCCAUGGAGCCUCUCAGCUCUGAACCACUGCGUGAACAGGACGUGUCAAAAGCCCCAUCGAACUCCACAGCUGCGAGCGAGGCUGAAAAUGGAACAAGUCAACUGGCGGCAGACUCUGAGACGGAGCAGUUGAACUUGGACGACCCCAGCUGUGCAGACACGAGCGAACAGUCCUCCAUUAACUCCACUGUUUUCUGA